AUGGAGGAGUUCCGUGAAGAAGAGAUAGAGAGUAUCCUGUACAUUGGCAGGGAAGUGUCAGUGUACAAGAUCCCGCCGCUGAAGAAGAACGAGGGUCAUCGUGCGCAGGAGUGGGGUGACCUCGCUCAGCCACUUUGGAAGGGAAGGCUGCGGAUUGUCGAGCGAUCGAGCGGGUUGACGCUGCAAUUCGAAGACCCGUCGACUGGAGAAUUGUUCGCGAAGGCGGACUACGAUCCUGCCAAACCGAGCGUCGAGGCAGUGCUCGACUCGUCCCGCUACUUCGUGGUCCGAGUGGAGGACAACGGACGAAAAGCGUAUAUCGGCAUGGGCUUCCUUGAGCGCUCGGAUAGCUUUGAUUUUAACGUAACUUUGCAAGACUACACAAAGCGUUGGCGCGCUCGUGUGAACCCGCAGGAGGCGGGGACCGACGACAAGCCCUCACCCCAUAUUCCUGCAGGACCCAAGAAAGACUAUACGCUGAAGGAGGGUCAAACAUUCUCCAUAUCCAUUCCUGGCCGUGCUAAGGCAGAAUCCACGAGCACAAGCGACCUACUGGGUGGUGUUGGCGGCGUAAAGCCGUCUUCAUCCGGCGGUUUGGCUGUGCCUCUACUACCACCCCCACCGAGUGCACCGAGGAAGAGAUGA